AUGGCACCAACGGUUCCCAUAGGAUUCACUGGACAGAGGGAAUCGAAAAACUGCUCACAAAAAGGUCUUGCCCAAAUGAUGGGAAAAACUCGGAAAGUUUCUAAAGGGUACUCAUCUGGGUUUGUUCCGGAUUACAGACAUGCAGUUGAGACCAUGGCUGAAUCAGAAGGGUUUGGUAGCUCCGGACGGGUUGAUACUGAAAUGACUGCUUCAGAGGAUUCUUGUGCCCCCAAAAGGAAAUGCAUUAGCUUGAAUGUGGAUAGUUAUGAUCAAUUUGAGGUUCCCAUUCAAGUUUUAUCAUUGUCAAAGAUGUCUCAGUCUGAGAGGAAGAAUUUGGAGCAUAGGUUGAAAAGUGAGCUUGAACAAGUUAGAACCCUUCAGAAGAAACUUGCUACUCUGAUCUCAAAUGAUGUGGUAGUGUCACCCUCUAGCGAUAUCCACAGCUGCAGUGAUGGACGGAAGAGACCUGCACCACAGCCUUUCCAGAGGUCUACAGAAGUGACUGCUCCGCAGGGAAAGAAAAGGGCUCCCCCUGGGCGAAAUGGGCCUCGCACAAAAGGGUCAGCAGCAAGGCGGUUGGAAUCAGGACAGCAGGCUUUGGUGCCAAGUACUCCAAAUGCCAUGUUGAUGAAACAGUGUGAGACACUGUUGAAUCGCUUGAUGUCUCAUCAGCAUGGUUGGGUCUUCAACACUCCGGUUGAUGUUGUAAAAUUGAACAUUCCGGAUUAUUUCAAUGUCAUUAAGCAUCCAAUGGAUCUAGGGACAGUGAAAAACAAGUUAUUUUCCGGUGAAUAUUUGAAUCCAUUAGGGUUUGCUGCAGAUGUGAGACUCACCUUCUCAAAUGCAAUGACUUACAACCCAAAAGGAAAUGAUGUCCAUCUUAUGGCCGAGACGCUCAGUAAAUAUUUUGAAAUUAGAUGGAAACCUAUAGAGAAGAAGCUUCCUGUAACAAUGGAUGCACAGGUGCCUUCAAAAUCAAGCGUUCUUAUGGAAACUGAACCUAUCAAUCCAAUGCUUCCCUCCAAAAAGAAGAAAAUCAUCUCAUCAGAUAAUACAGUCAAGCAAGAAGUUGUUAAACGGGUCAUGAUGGACAUGGAGAAGCAUAAACUCAGCACAGAAUUGGAGGCUUUACUGGCAGAGUUGCCUGAAAGCAUUAUUGAUUUCCUAAAAGAGAACAGUUUCAAUGCAAGUCAAAUGAGCGAAGAUGAGAUCGAGAUUGAUAUUGAUGCCCUCAGUGAUGAUACACUGUUUGCAUUGCGGAAGCUUUUAGAUGACUAUUUGCUGGAUAAACAGAAAAACCAGGCAAAAGCUGAACCCUGUGAGAUGGAGCUUCACAAUGAGUCGGGGUUCAGCAACUCAUCUGGGCAACCAUGCAAAGGCAAUGAUCCAGUUGAUGAGGAUGUAGAUAUUGGUGGGAAUGACCUGCCUAUCUCAAGCUUCCCUCCAAUAGAGAUAGAGAAAGAUACUGCCCUUCGAAACAGUAAAUGCAGUAGUUCAAGCAGCUCAAGUAGUGAAUCAGGCUCUUCAUCUAGUGAUUCAGACUCGGGCAGUUCUUCUGGCCAUGAAUCACAUGGUGCCAAGGUUUCUGUGCCUGUGAGUAAUGCAAAGGAUGCAUCGCAUUCCGGAGCAAAUAUAGAGCAGCAGAAGAAUGAUCUUGGUGAUCCAGACACUGGAGAUUAUUUGUUGAAUGACUCUGGCCAAUUUGAGCAGAAUUCCCAGUCUAAGCCAAUUUCUAUUGAGGCCGAUGACCAUCAAGAGGGUAAGCAAUGA